AUGGACGAAGAGAAGCGGGAAGCCUUAUUACAAUACCAUAAAGCAACCACUGAUCAUAGUAAUGCCUUAUCUACAAUGAAGGAAAUGGGUCAGGCUAUGAAGUCCUUAGAGAAAGAGUUCGAGAAGACUGAAAAGGAUAUCGAUGCCUUGCAAAGUGUUGGCCAGAUGGUAGGAGAAGUACUUAAGCAACUAGAUGACGAAAGGUUUAUUGUCAAGACGUCACAAGGACCAAGGUAUAUUGUAGGUGCUAGGAAGACUAUUCCUAGAGAUUUAUUGGUUUUAGGAGCCCGAGUAGCUUUAGAUAUAACUACUCUAACUAUUAUGCGAUAUUUACCACGGGAAGUAGAUCCUUUAGUUUAUUCUAUGUCCAUUGAGAAGCCAGGUGAGGUUUCUUUUGAUAAGAUUGGUGGAUUAGCCGACCAGAUAAGAGAAAUUCGGGAAGUGAUUGAACUACCCAUUAAAAAUCCAGAGAUCUUUAAGCGGGUGGGAAUUUCACCGCCUAAAGGAGUACUUCUUUACGGUCCACCUGGGACGGGUAAGACUCUACUGGCCCGGGCGGUAGCAGCUACUUUAGACUCUAAUUUCUUAAAGGUAGUUAGUUCAGCUAUCAUUGAGAAGUAUAUUGGUGAGAGUAGUAGAAUGAUUAGAGAAAUGUUUGCUUAUGCUAAAGCUAAUCAGCCUUGUGUUAUCUUUUUAGAUGAAAUUGAUGCGAUUGGUGGGAAAAGGUCUUCUGAUUCUAACUCGUCUGAUCGGGAGGUGCAAAGGACUUUGAUGGAGUUGCUUAAUCAAAUGGAUGGGUUUGAAGAGUUGGGUCGAGUUAAGGUCAUUAUGGCGACUAAUCGGCCGGAUAUUUUAGAUCCAGCCUUACUACGACCGGGGAGGUUAGAUCGGAAGAUUGAAAUACCUCUACCUACGGCCCAAGGUCGAUUGGAGAUUCUUAAGAUUCAUUCGGAGAAGAUGGAGAAGCGCGGUGAGAUAGACUAUGACAGUUUGGUUAAGAUGGCGCAUGGAUUUAACGGGGCGGAUUUAAGGAAUGUAUGUAGUGAGGCAGGUAUGUUAGCUAUUCGAGAGGAUAGGGACUUUAUCACGCAAGAUGAUCUCACUCGUAGUGUAAGAAAGAUAGCUGAGCAAAAGAAGCUCGAAGGCCGGAUGGAUUACAAGAAGGUCUAA